GAAUUGUUAUAAUUUUAUAUAUUACAAAUAUGGACAGUAUGCUUUUAAAAUGAAGAAAAUGUACAUAAUCAACUUAGGUUUUCAUAAUCAUUCUUAACAUUUGCGGGCACCCGAGCUGACACAGUUCUCUUCUUAAAGUGCAAGUGAUCCUAAUAUUUAGUUGUGUGUGUGUUAUAAAAGACUUUAUUUGAUCAACGACUGGCAGAGUGACUCAUACACUUUGAUUUGAGCGGAUGCCGUUUCCUGUAUAUUGAAGGCUGGAGGUCCUGAGAUACCCGUCUGCCGUGUGGUCAUGACAGAUGUCAUCGCUGGCGAGUACAGGCUUCGCUUAAUAUCUCCGAACUCCAUUUGGCAGAACUGUACAAAAGACAAAUCCGAUGCUUGGGUUUCAGAGAAGUUAUUUUUAGGUCCGCGAAGAUGCUGGGAGAUGAGCAGGGAUGCAGGACUUUUUUGUCGUGGGGUUCAUAGACGGGAUGAGCAAUUAGAAGCCCGCUGAAUGCUGCGCUUGCAGUGUUGCCCCUUUUUACACAGACUGUAUAAAAGAGAGAGAGGGAAUUGGAGUGUCUCUCCCCCGUCUAAUAGUGUGUGUGUGUUUCAUCUUGUGAAGGGAGUUGGAGAGAGCGCGUGAACACCAGUCUUAGUGCCAGCUGACAGGCUGAAAGUUUCCUGGGACUCUCUUUCUGGUGAACUGGAUCAAUGAUGGAAUUGCAAACAUUACAGGAGGCCCUGAAAGUGGAAAUACAAGUCCAUCAGAAACUUGUUGCCCAAAUGAAGCAGGAUCCACAGAACGCCGAUCUGAAGAAACAACUUCACGAGCUCCAGGCAAAAAUCACAGCUCUGAGUGAGAAACAGAAAAAAGUGGUGGAGCAGUUGAGGAAGGAGUUGCUGGUGAAACAGGAGCCUGACUUGAAGCUGCAGAUGCUCCCAGCGACUACAGAUGGUAAAACGGUGCUUCUGACGCCCGCCUGUCCCGCUUCACAGCUAACCACAGGGGCUCCACACAACCAGGGGGCGCCACAGAAGACUCUCACCGUGACGCCGGUCAUAACUGCAAAGACUCUACCUCUCGUGCUGAAAGCUGCCACCUCCACCAUGCCUGCUUCCAUGGCAACACAACGCCCUACAGUCGCCAUGGUCACUGCCAUCAGCAACCCCCCGAGACCCGGCGCCAAUUCCGACUCCCAGAGCACACCAAUCAACCUUCAGGUGGCCAGCAAGCUACCCAAUCAGGAUACAGAUGCGGGCCCACGGAUCGUGUCCAAGAAUGUUAUUGUCGUGCAGGCCACCACCACCUCUGCCCAGCAUAUCAAAGUUCCCCAGUUUGUCCCUCCUCCUAGAUUGACGCCUCGACCCACCUAUCAGCCACAGGUUCGACCAAAACCCCCCACACCCAUCAAUGUGCCCAUCGCUCCGGCUCCUCCUCCCAUGGUGGCAGCUCCUCUAAUCCAGCGGCCCCUGAUGCUCACCACCAAGCUGACGUCAUCUCUUCCUGCCUCUGCCGGGCCCAUUCAUCAGGUGCACAUCGUGAACGGACAACAGUGUGCCACCAUUGACAAGACUACGACUGCAGUCACCAGUGGCACCACGCAAGUCACAGGCAUUGUCAUCAGUCCUGCUCAGACACUUCAGAUCAGCAACCUUAACUCAGACUUGAAGACUGUGAAACCACUGGGGGGACCAGUACAUGUGGUCUCAAGUACACCACCAUCAUCCUCUCCUCCUCCAGCUAAAAUCAAACGUGAGGAGAGCCCACAGAAGCUUGCCUUUAUGGUGUCUCUUGGGUUGGUGACAUAUGACCAUCUUGAAGAGAUUCAGAGCAGAAGACAAGAACGUAAGAGGAGAACAACAGCCAACCCAGUGUACAGUGGAGCAGUGUUUGAACCUGAGAGGAAAAAGAGUGCUGUCACUUACUUGAACACUCCACUGCAUCAAGGCACCCGGAAGAGAGGUCGCCCUCCCAAAUACAGCACCACCACAACCACCACCAUCAGCACAGCGGUGCCGGAGCUGGGCUGCAACCCCCUGCUCUCCCCCACCAGCAGCCUUCCCGCCUCCCCAGCCCCUGGGCGGCCUGACAUGGGGGGCUUUCCCCUCUCUCACCACCCUCAUUCUGUCCCCCAGCCCAGCCCCAGCUCCGGGGAUGGAGACAUCCAUGAGGAUUUCUGCACUGUGUGCAGACGCAGUGGACAGUUGCUCAUGUGUGACACAUGUUCGCGCGUCUACCAUCUCGACUGCUUGGACCCACCCCUCAAAAACAUUCCCAAAGGCAUGUGGAUCUGUCCUAAAUGUCAAGACCAGAUUCUGAAGAAGGAAGAGGCCAUUCCAUGGCCAGGAACUCUAGCAAUCGUCCAUUCCUACAUUGCUUACAAAGAAGCAAAAGAAGAAGAGAAGCAGAAGUUAAUGAAAUGGAGUGCUGAACUAAAGGUGGAACGAGAGCAACUAGAACAGAGAGUGAAACAGCUCAGCAAUUCUAUAACAAAAUGCAUGGAGACCAAGAACAGCAUACUUGCCCGUCAGAAGGAGAUGCAGGUCUCUCUGGACAAGGUAAAACACCUGGUCCACCUCAUCCAGAGCUUUAACUUGACUCAGCCCAUGGAGACAGACAUCCUACAGGAUUCUAAACAGGACUGCACAGAGUUAGGGAGCAUCAAAGACUCAAAGGAGGCUACACAAGUGUGUGUGCAGGAGAGUCCCACCGAGCCUAGUGUGCAAGCACCAGUCACCGUAGCAGUUCCCGAAGUGAAGGCAGAGCCAGAGGUGGGCGAAAUGGCAGAGCCAGCGGCCGCAGUCACACCUGAGGCUGCUUCAGGUGAAUCAGGUGUAAGUCUCCCGGAAGUUCCCAAAACCACAGUUGGCGAGGAGAUGAUAGAUACAGCAAAAAUGGCGGAGCCUGUGGAAUCACCUCAGGCCAGGGAUGUAAAGACUAAUGGAGGAACGGACUGUGUUUGUACCAUCUUGAACCAAGAAGAAGAGAAGUGUGCUGUCGAUGAUGCAGACUCUGAGAACAUCCCUCCCAAUGACAGCAGUUGUGUAGAGGAUGCUGGAAAGAUGGAAGUAGAGCUACAGGAAGAUGGAAGUCAUGGCGUGAACACCAACAACGGCAAAACCUCAGAACCUUCUCAGCAGGCUUUGCCAGCUCCUCUAAGCAGCAUGGAUAACCCCAAAUAGUUCUCAGUCUCACACUAAACACACUUACAUCACCAAAACAUUUAAACAGAUUUCCUAUUGCACCUUGGACUGGUGCACAAAGUUGCCAAUCUAUACGUAUAUAUAUAUAUAUAUAUAUAUAUAUAUAUAUAUAUAUAUAUAUAUAUAUAUAUAUAUAUAUAUAUAUAUAUUAUACAUAUAUAUAUAUAUAUAUAUAUAUAUAUUAUCUAUAUCCAAAUAAAUGUUUCGGGUUUUUUUUCUUUCAUUUCCCUUUACUUUCUUUUUUUUUUAAUGGUAAAACUGUGUCAACAGUACUUCUACAUCCAAGACAAAGUAGUCUUGUUUCUUGUAGACUAAUAGAGCCCAAUCUUGUGGGUGAAAAGGGUGAUUUACGAAAGAGAUGUCAUGCCAAUUAUUAGAUGAAAAAACAAAAAUAGUAGUUUAAUAACAUUAAUAAUAAUAAUUAUUAUUAUAAUGAUGAUGGUGAUAAAGAUGAUGGAUGAUUGAUCAGAUCAGACCAGUGUGUGCCUCCAACAUGGGGUUUGUUUCAUAGGUUGUCUUCUCCUCGAGAGGAAAAAGGCAGGGCAGACGUGUCCAAAGACUGCAUGACUAAGCCCACACCCUGUGCAUCUCCAGCCAGAGUGGACCGGCAAUACCAAAAGCUUCUCUUUCCAAACAUGACAAAAAAAAUCGACCCAUCAGUAUUUGCCAGUGACAUGGCAGAGGUUUAGAUUCCUGUUGUUGGCAUGGGUUAGACUAAAUCAGGACUGCUUAUAGCAACCCCUCCACUCUACAUCUUGUCUGCAUUUCCCAGUUACCUGUAGAAGUAUCCCGUCUCCAUGUCAUCUCAGGCUAAUCGGUGGUAGAGCGCAUGGCAAAGCCUCUCAAGAUCUUUUGACAAAGGGCUGGAAGAGGAAGCUACACCAGAAAUCACAUCUUGGUAACUGCAACAAAUCAUGUGUGAUAGAUUAGUCUGAAAAAUGGUGUUGGUUCUAUGUAUUGAAUGAGUCUCGUUCUAAAGUUAGUUUGUGUGUACUCAAUGCUGUUUGUGGACCCCCCCCCCUGCGUUUUUAAGAAAACAUAUUCAGGUCUUCCUAGUCUUUGAUGAAUAAUAAGUGCAUUUCUGUUUCACGAACCAUUCAUUUAUUAUCAAUGGUGUUUAAAAUUGGCAUGAAUUAUGCAAGCAGCUUCCUCAAUCUCGAGAGAUGCACAUUGCAUAAAGAGUGUCUGUUUUUAUUUGAAUUCCGAACUGCCAAAUGCUUUUUCUUUUUUCUUUUUUUACUGAAAAUAAUGGAAAUAUCCUCUUACCGUGUGUUUAGUCAAGAAUAUAUUAGACUAGUCCCAUCCCUAUUUUUCCAAAAUCUUUUAUUUGUCUUUGAAAAAACAAUAAUGACUGUCACAAUUUGCUGUCUUAAACUUGAGGGUUUGAUGUAUGAGCCAAAUUGAGUAAUAAAGAAACUACAGAAAACCCUUCAUUUAAAGCACAAGCGUUAUUGCAGAUAACUUGAGCAAUCGCACUAAAAACCUCUAAAGAGACUUUCUGAGCUAAAUUUUCAAAAGCGCUUAAAUCUUAUCCUUUGAUUUUUACGCUCGCCCACAUAACAUAACAUCCUGUAAAAAGGAAAACAACAGCCAGUUGCUUACAUACAAAGUAGGAAGCACUGUUUAUGACCGUCUUAUGCUGGGUUUUGCUGGCUUCUAUUUGUGCUGCAUAGUAUCUUAACCUGUCCCACGUAACAUCUUAAGUCUUAAUUGUCUUAAGAGUAAUGCACAGCUGGCACCUUUUGUUACGUUAAUGUCAGGCCAUUCCAAAAAAGCAUAUCCCUUUUAGCUUUGUAAUGACAGCCACGGCAAGGAUUGAACAAUUUACGCUUAUCAAAUUCCACAUAUCUGUUUGGACAUCUCUGAUUUCAAAAGGAUGAUGAUUUGCUCAUUCUGGCUGUUUAAACAUGAGAGAUAACCUACCACAAUAUGGAUUCUGUUUUUGGGAUGAUGUUUACGGUUUUGUUUUGUUUUUUUAAAUUAUGUAUUUAUCUUGAUUAGUCAGGAUUUCAUGGCUUUAAAACCCAAUUUGUAAUUCUUAAUGGAUGGGAUCUUGGUUAUAUCAACAAUGUGCUGCAAUUUCUCACAAUCUACUGUGAAAAUGUACAAACUUGUACUAAAUACAUUCCCAUAAUGCCCUGUUACCCUUUGAGCCAGGACUGGGUAAUAAUGGAUAAACAUUCAUAUCAUUGCAACCAUUAUUGUGGCAUAACAUACCGACAUGAAUUUUAAAGGCCUUGCGGAAGUCACCAUUGUCAGUCUAGAGAAUAUUUAAUAUUUAUUCUACUUUUAAUCCUUCCUGUACAGGUGCCCAGAGUGCCUUCAACCUUUUACAUACUGAAUUUAAUUUCAUAAACUGGUCAUAUUUCCCUCUCUCUCUCUAAAACAUCACUCAGUUAACUUUGAUUGGAAGCACAUUUGUUGUAAUUUCAUUUGGUUAAAGUAAAAUGGUUGUAGUGAUGUGCUUGUGUUGGUCUAGUCCUGUCUGUAUUUACUAAAUCUAGUUAUCUGCUGUGAAGUUAAAGAGCCCCUUAAGAGUAGGCUAUAUUUUAAAGAGGCAAGGAGUUGCCUUGAGUUUUUUACACUCUGAACAAAAGUAUAUCUUAGUGAUUGCACAAAAUUGGUCUGUGAAAAGAAAAAAGGAGUUGUUCAUUAUAAUGCGUUUUAAAUUAAUUAAUUGGUUUAUCAGAGCACUCUGUGCCAGCAAAAUAUUAAUUGUGUGAAAACUGUGGCGAAAGGAAUUUUUUUUUGGAUUGACAUUCAUUGGGGAAAAAGUUCUGGAAGUUUAGGAAGUCAUGGUUUCCUGUCUUUAUGCACUUUUUAUAGGAAUGUCCUAAGUAUUACUUUUUUCCCCCUCAAAACACUUAAGUGUCUGCUCAUUUUAAGUUCUUCUUUAGUGUGUUAUUCAGGACAUUUUUUUUUUUUUUCGUGUAACACAAAACAGGACUGUUCAGGCCAGUGACUACUACUUAAUGUCAUACGUAACACUCUGCUCUUAAAAGACUUACACCCUUUCUUAUUCGCUUCAUUUCCUUCAUCUCUCCUUCAGUCACUGAGUUAGCGUACUGAACUUGUACCUGAAUCAGGUAUUUAGAUUUCGGCCUUGACUAUUAGCCAGGCUGACCUGAUCAAAGAAAACCUGCAAUCUGAUUGGAUAGACUCAACCCCCAAGAACACCAACCUGUCCAAUCAGUUAAACAAAAAGCAUGCCUUCUUAUGCAAAUUUUUUAUAUAAUUUUUGUCAGACUUUUUUAAUAUGCAUUUAGUUUCGACAUUAUUUUGUAAAGAUUUUUAUGUAAACUCUGUCACUUUCCUUUUUACAUGUCUGGCGAAGAUGAUGCCAAAACAAAACAGUAUACAUAUGUACAUCUCUUAAAAACACUUGCAGUGUUUUUGUUGUUGUUGUUGUUUUUAUUUAAAUUAUGAACAAUAUACACUUUCACAAUGGCAUCUGUAGAAAAUAGAAAAUUCAUGUACAGUUACAGAAGGGAAUUAUUUGCUGGCCACAUUUCUGGGCUCUUUGAAAGAUGGAAAUGUGGCGUUUCUGCUGUGUAUGAAUCUCAUGGACCGUUAUUUUUCAUUCAAUUCUGCCUUUGCUAGCACACCAUGCUGAAUGUUAUUGUUAUCUUGGGGCGCUGGGAUGGGGUGUUGGGGGGGGGGGGGUUACCAGUGGUUGUGAGAAGAUAUUUAUGGUCUUACAUGGCUUAUCUUGCAGAGUGCAUGUAACCUUGUGGGUGGGGUUUUAGAAGAAAGGGGGGGGGGACUUCUGAAAGCCACGCAUUCAAAUUCUUAAGUCAGUAUACCCAAAGAGACUGCAAACAUUUUGCUGUUAGGAAGCCUUUUUAUAUGCAUUCGAGAUACAUAUCAUUCAACUUUUUUCCCCCAUCAUGAUUGAUUUCUUCUCUAGCUUACGGCUCUGACGUGUGGGAAACGCUUUCCGCCAGCUAUCUAAGUUAUCUGUAUGGCUUUGCAAUUUUGGUUUUAGAACUUUUAAAAAGCGAACGUUUGCAGUGUACAUUUUAUGCAUAAAACAAAAAAAAAUUUCAGACCCAUUCCAGCUGUUCAUCCUGUCACCUUGAUCUUAGUGUGUAGAUCAUCCAUAUUCAUUAUGGUACGUUAUAAUUCCAGUGACAAUGAAAUCAUUGUAGUUUCAAUGUAGUUUCUGUUCACUUUUCAUACUAUUUACUUAGUCAUGAUUGUGGCCUUCUUGUACUAUUGAUGCAUUUCAUUUGUCUUUGUGAUUUUUCCUGGUGUUGUGCACUGUCUGUGAGUGAGUGUGUUUGUUUGAGCAAGGGUGGGUGUGUGUGUGUGUGUGUGAGCGUUACCUCAUAUACAGUCAGCUGUCUAAUUGGAAAACAUUUCCGUUUACGCGUGCAAAAAGAGGGAAAAAAAAAUCUUCCACUUGAUGAAACACAACAGGAUACAUUGUAGCGACAUGAGUUAUUUAAAAAAAAAAAAAAGUUCACCUGGUGAGCUGAACUUAGUGUAAAUGGUUUAUUACACAAUAUGAAUAUUUGUAAAAUUGUUUGUAUUUUUUCAUAAUGAUUUUAAAAAGGAGUGUGUUUAUUUUUGACUUUUUUUCUGUUACGGAGCUCUCUCUCUCUCUCUCAAUCUGGUAUUUUUUUCUCCUUGUUUGUUCGCCUGACAUUGUGAGUGAGUCAGUUGGUUCUUACCUCUCCUGUAUUGAGCCUGUGAUGAGUCCUUUGUAUGCAGUGUUUUGAAAAUACUGUAGGAAACAUGGGAAGAAAUUGAUAUUAGGAGCAUUUGAUCAAUUUGUAUUUAUUUAUUUUAUCAUUUUGUUAAUAAAUUGACAAAGAAUA